UGUUGACGUAUUGUUGUAAUCGUUUGAAUUUAUUACUGUUUAAAUUUUAGAAUCUUUAUUUACUUUCAAGUUCGAGAUAACAAAGUUUUCCGUUUAAGCUAUGGGCUGUUAAACACUGAAUAUGUUGUGCGCGACACUCUCGCUUCGGCGCCGGUGCUUGCUGUUAGUCCACGGCGGAAGACGGUGAAAACUAUUGUUCUUUGUGUUGAUUAAGUUGUACUUAAUUCUUUUCGUCGUAAGGUCUUCGUAAACUGCAUGAGAUUGGCUAACUACUUAAAUCUGCUCUGAAGUGAAGAUAUGAGAAAAUUUGUCUGUCCAACUAAUUUAGAUUUAGAUAGAGACAAUUUGAUAACAAAUUUAUUUGUGAACGAUAGACUUCUGCGGAGGCUAAAUGGUAACAGGAGUGAUUGCAGUCUUGAGUAUUUAUACAAUAGUUCCAAGGUACUGAAGGUAGAAGAUUCAUAUUUCAUCAUGGAUGCCGAGCCUAUGGAGGUGGAUAGUGACUCCGAGUUUAAAGUGGUAGAGGUUCAUAGAAAAGGACCAACGAAAAAGACCUUCUUUUGGGAUGAAAGUGAUGAUUGUGAAGAAUACUGCUCCACUCCAUCUUAUUCUGAUGAUGAAACAGAUGCAGUAAAUUUUGAGGCAGAAUUCGUACAAAUCAAACAACUUCAAAAGGUGGCAGGAGGCUAUAUUAUCAACAACAAUGUUUAUCUUACUAGUGAACAGUGGCAUGCUAUGAUUGUUGAUGAUAAAAUUAACCAGACUUAUUGUUUUUCGUGUGAUGAGUAUCUUGACAUAGACACCAGUAUUCUACAUGUAGAGGAAGAAACCCACUCAAUUACAUUACAAAAACACAAGCCCAUUAAGAAAUUUGAGCUUAGUAUCACACGAAAGAUUCGAGACAGAUUUCACUGUGGUGUUUGCAAUGUAAUAUUAUUUGAUGAAAGUGAAUUAAAUGAACAUCAAGAUUACAAAUCACAUGAAGACAACAUGUUGUUUGCUGUUAACAAAGCUUCAGACAUUGUGUAUGAUUAUCGACUAGAGAACAGUGGAGUAACAUCAAAAGAUGCCACUCUCGUAAAUAGUGACAGUGAAGAGGAUGAGAAUAGCCACUACAGUCAAAAUAGUACAGUUGAUAACAACAAUUGGUUUUUCGACCGAUUUAAAGAUAACGACAAUAGUAUCUAUGGCAUUAAUAAUAACAUUAUAGAAACCAACGAUUGUGAUAUAUCUGAACUACCUACAGGGUCAUCGUACGCUACUAUAGCUAAGAAAGAAAAUUUAGAUAAAACCCCUAAAACAUUAAAAAUAGAUUUGGGUGAUAAGGAGGUUUUAGUGAAGUUUGAUUCAUGGAACAUGGUGACGUCAAUAGACCUCAAUAAGUUUUACUGCAUGGCAUGCAAGCAGGCCCUCCACAAGAGGUUCAAAGGUGAUCAUUGCAGAAAUAGUACCCAUAUUGACCUCUUGCAGCGUUGUAAAGUUGUUAAUGUUUAUGAAACUUAUCUAAUAAGAGAGGUAAGUCAAAUGCUGUAUCAUUGCGGACAUUGCAACAAUCUCCAACUGAAGAAUGAAAUGGACGAUCAUUUGGAAAAAUAUCACCCGAAAAGAACCAAAAUUAAAAAUAUAAUUGUUGAAAGUGUACCUAAUAGUCCCAAGAUAACAAAGAAAAAAACCGAUAACCAAAGUGAUGACAAAAAAACUAGCAAGUGCAUUACGAAAACUACUAAUGAUAAUGGCUGUACUGACAAGCAAAUCAACGGAGGAGCUAAUGGUAUUAAAAAAACUGAAACAAUUGCUAAUAAUGAUACAAUAUUGACAAAGAAUAACAAAAAAACAGACCUCGUACAGAAAUCACCUCAGCAGACAGAUUGGGCCAAACAAAACAUACAGAAACUCCAAAUACCAAUAAUACAAUAUGAUGCGAGUGUUCUUAACAUACCAAACAUUAAUAACGAUAAUAUCCAUAAAAUGUUCAAUAGUAAUACAGUGAUAACUUUCAUCAAAUUUGGACAUCGUAUCUCUGUUCCCCUGCUGUCUUUUCACACCAUUUCAAAUCCAACUAAUGAUUACUUAUGUCUAUUAUGUAACUCGAGUCUGUACGAACCAUACGUCGUCAAUCACAUCUUGAAUAUCAAUCACAUAACUAUGAUGAAAAUGGUGGCAUUUUCGGUACAAUUCAGCUUCAAUUUGAUAAGAGUGAUUGGUCAAUUUGCCCACUGUGCUAUUUGCAACGUAAUUCUACCGAAAGACAAACAAACAGUUUAUAACCACUGUGUGAGCGACGCACAUGCAAUGAUGCUACGAAGGGCGUUGGGGUUGGGUCCUACAGCCGUGUUGCCUACUCAACCAGUAGUGCCUGAUGUUGUCACAAAUGUAGGACCGCAGGCUAACUUAUCUUACAAUGAAAUCGGCACAGUAGUGGUACCACAAGUUAAUGGUACAAUUAAUAAUGCUGGAAACAUAGCUAAUCAAAAUGGAUCAGUUUCUAAGAAAGAUGCCAUAGAUAAUGCUGAGAAUUCAGAAGAAGUUGACGAAAAUGACGAUCAAGUUUUUGAUAGUGAUGCCUCUUAUGCUCUAGUCCCAGAUUAUUAUCUGGUGGUGAUUAAGAGUAAUUGUUCGAAAGUGACCGCAGCUGCCUGGCACUCACUAGUCCAUGUUGGGGACGGAACUCAAUAUUGUUUUGUGUGUAAAAAAGUAAUUUACCAUGAUAUUGUGGAACAUGUUAACAUUAAGAAGCAUUUAAAAAAUAUAGAGGAGAAUAAGAUUCUUUACAAUUAUGGCUAUAAUCUUCUGCGACGAAUCAAAGGAUACUACCAAUGUUUGACUUGCAAUGUUCUGGUCGGAAGAAAAUUCCUGGAACAUCAUUUGAAAUGGGCAAAUCAUGUAUGGAAUACUGAAAAGUCAGUAUGCGACGACGCAAACAAAUUCAAUGAUAGUCUUUCUGAAUAUGAAAAAAUUGAAGUAGUAACACAAAAAGAGAAAAAGGUGGCUGAAGAAACUGAUGACACAAAAGUACAUUAUGACUUUGUAAUUGAAAGAUCUUACAAAGCUUCCACCACUCAUACAUCUGAAGAAGCUGACAAUAAUAAUGAGAAACAUACAGAAGAUACAAAGAUACCUUACAAAAGACAAAACAAAAUUGUAAUUGGUAAGACUGAAGUAUUUAAAAUUAAAUGGGAGAAUUGGCAUGGACUUGUACCAUUCAAAAAUGGUUUUAAAUGCAAACUAUGCACGGUUGAAAUUGGGAAAGAUGAUUCAGAACGCCAUGUAGAGAAAUCCAAACAUAAACAAUUUUCGGAUAAGCCGUUUGCCCCGGCGUACUACAACGAGCUCGUAAGACAGCUGGACAAAACCAGGUUGCAUUGUGUGAUUUGCAACAUAGACAUGUCGACUUCUGAAAAUAUAAAAGGACACAUCAUUGGUAAGAAGCACCUGAAAAAUCGUGAAAAUUCAGUGGAGCCGCGCUCUAAAGUCAAUUCAUACAGUGAUUCUGAUGUCGAUGUGCUAUUCAUUUAAAUUAGGUUCGAUUAGUUGUUAGUGUUUCUCGUUGAAAGUAUUUUUAUGCCUUAUUGUUAAAGUUACUUUCUUACUUUGUUUUAAAAUUUUAACUUUGUCAUUUUUAUUAAUAUUGUUGAUUUUAUAGACUCUCCAAUAUCUCCAAGAUUCAAGUU